UGUGGUGUUUUUCAGGUACCCAAGAGAAGGAGACGGCGGAGAUGGCGACCCAGACGGAGUGGCCGACUUCGGAGAUGGCGAGCCAGACAGAGUGCCUGACAGCGGAGGUGGCGACCCAGGCAGAGCCAGCAACGGCGGAGGCGGCAACCCAGGCUGGGCGGGUGACAGCCGAAGCCGGGAUCCAAGCUAUCUGGGGAACGGCUGAGGCCGGAAUCCAGGCGGUGAGAGGAACGGUGGAGGCUGAGACCCAAGCAGUCUGGGCAACGAGCGAGGCCGGGAUCCAGGCGGAGAGGGAAACUGCGGAGGUGGACAUCCAGGUGGACUGGAUCGAGGCAACCACCAUUGGAUUGCAGCAGAGCACCCAGGCGCAUGUGGCCAGAGGACAGCUGGUCCUGUUCGAGCCUCCGACGGGGACAGUCCAGGGCAUGUGCCAGAUGAUGGGAUUCGAGUUCUCGGAGGUCUUCCGCCAGGGUGUCAUGUGGGUGGAGGUGAAGCUGAGGUGUGAGGAGUGGCGUGAGGGCCCCUACCUGAGGAGGUACUGGUACCUCACCAACACCUGUUACCAGCAGACAGCAGAGGGGAUCGUUGGACCAUACGCCAAUGGGGAGUUGGUCACAUUCGUUGAGCGAUACUGCGGAGGCAUCACAGGGUUGUACUCCCACAUGCAGACACAGAUGACCACUGUCAUGGAGAUCGGAGGACUCCUGCAUGCCGAGACAACCACCACGUGCAGGGGUCUGUCCAUGGACGCAGCUGGGAUGUGGACCCGCCUGGAGACUACCAGAACUCUCCUGAUGCCGCUGGACCUGUUCAUGCCUCCGCCGGACGCUACUGACGACAGUGCUGGACUCCUGGAGAUCGACUGGUAUCCUGCUCCUGACGACGCUGCCACAGCUGACGAUGACGCUGCUGCUGACGACGAUGACUCUGCCCCUGACGACGAUGCUGCUGCUGCUGACGACGACGAUGACGCUGCUGCUGACGACGACACUGCCCCUGACGACGACGCUGACGACGACUCUGCCCCUGACGACGACGACGCUGCUGAUGACGACGACGCUGAUGACGACGACUCCGCCCCUGACGACGACGACGCUGCUGAUGACGACUCUGCCCCUGACGACGCUGCCGCCCCUGCCGAUGACGACUCUGCCCCUGACGACGACGCUGCUGCUGCUGACGACUCUGCCUCUGCCACCCCUGCUGACGAUGACUCUACCCCCGACGACGACUCUGCCCCUGCUGAUGACUCUGCCGCUGGUCCUAAUGCUGUUGCCCCUCUCGCUAGCCAGGUUCCCUCUGUGUUCUACCUCUUCCAGUCCACCGGUCUGGAGGACUUCCACCUGAGGCUUGGAGGACUGAGGGAAGCCUGCACUGUCUUGCUUGCGCAGCCAGAGACGGCCAACUACAUCGCCGUGACAGGGUCCAUGCUCCUGAAGAACAUGGCCGCCCUCAACGGAAAGGAUGCUGGUGCAACUCAGCAGGCCUUUGACGCGUUGGUGGCCUUCGCCCAGACACAGACUCUCACCGCCACCACUGAGCUCCUGGAGGUUGGGGUCCACCAGUUCAACCUCCUGGACGUGGUCUUUGAGCUUCUCCUCCUCAGAGACUUGGGGGUUGUUGUGCAGCUGGUCCCUCGGGUACAGGGCGGGUUCCUGGAUCAUCUGGCAGCAGUGGUCCAGUCCUUCCUGCCCUCUGAGGCUUGGCCACCCCAGGCAGCGCAGUGCUGGCAGCUCCUGCAGUCUACGGCAGUCUUCUUCGUGGUGGAGAUCCUGUCCCUGGACGUGUCGGCGUACCACCAGCCCCAGCACCUGGCCCAGAGGGUCUUCAGCUGCCUGGAGUGCCGCAUCGACCAGCUGCUGAGCGUGAUGCCCUCCGGCUAAAUCCCUUUCCCUCUCUUUAAUUUCUUUGUUUUCGGGGGGUUUAGUUUCAUGGGUUUGGUGGGAUUUAGUGUAUUGUGUGAACUUACUACUGUAUGGCUUAGCUUCUUAAUCUUUAGUAGGGUUUAGGUUGAUAAUGAAUGGGGCAAGUGCUCGUGUUAGUUAAUGAGGGUUUAUUUCUCGAGAGGAUUAAUUUCCUGUAGUUUAAUUGAUUGAUUUUAGUGAUUAGUUGGGUUAGCUUGUAAUUCUUUGAAGGGUUUAGGUUUAUUAAGAAUGGGACUAUUGAUUGCUUAGCAAGGUUGGGUGUUUUCUUCUGUAAGGUUUAGGUUUGAUAAAGGGGUUAAGGUUUAGAUGUUGGACGGGUUCAAUAAUUUCAAGGAUUAUGAUUUUAUUAUUUUAUGGACUAUUUAGUCGUGAUUAUUAUUAUGCAGUAGUGUAGGGUUUAGUAAUGGGAAUUAGUUUUUAGUUUAGUAACUAAACAUUAUUAACUUCUUAAUGCUUAGUAAGAUUAAGUCAUAUUUAGAGUUUAAGGUUUUGAAUAGUGUCUCAGUGGGGGCUCUACAGCCCCCCAGGGGGGCAUUGGAGAGCCCUAGGGGGGCGUUGAGAAGGAUACAGUUAAGAAGGGGGAGCUCCUAGUUGCCAUUAGGGGGCAUUUUUUAAUACUAAGGGGGGUGUUGGCGGGUGUAUGAUAAGGUCUGAGCGACGUUUAUUCAAAAAAAGUUGAGAACCACUGGUUUAGAAAUAGGGUUAAGCUUUUAGAUUUUAAUAGGGUUCUAUGAUAAGGAUAAUUUAUUUCCUGUAGUUUGAUAUGAAUUAUUUUAAGUGAUUAGUAGGGUUUAGUUAUCAGUUAAGGGUUAGUUGUGGGAUUUAUUUACUUAAUGUGGGCGAGUGUGGGUUAGCUUGUAAUGCUUAGAAAGGUUAGAGGUUAGGCUAGAGUGGGGCUAUUGAUUGCUUAGUAAAGUUAAUUCUUUAGGGUUUAGAUUUUAGAAAAAGGGUUUAGCUUUCAGCUUCUGGUAGGCUUGAUAUGGAUUUAAUAUAGUUUCUCAACGGGGGCGGUACAGCCCCCCAGGGGGCGUUGAUGAGGUCUAGGUGAGCGCUGGGAAGGAUGCAGCUGAGAGGGGGCCAUGCUUAGUUGCCAUUGGGGCGCAUUAGUCCAUUUAAUUUUUUAAUACUAAUGGGUGUGUUGUCGGACUUCAAUGGGGCAUUGGGAGGUUUGUAAUGAAGCCAAGGGGGCAUUUGCUCUAAAAAGGUUGAGAAUCACUGAUUUAAUACGAAUGAUUGUGGGUUUAUUUACAGGACAAUUGAUUUCCUGUACACAAUAUUAAUAUUAGUGUGCAGUAGUUUAAUAGAAUAUUAGGAUUUAGUAGAGUUUAUUUGUGAAGAAUUCUAGUGAACGGUUUCCACUAUGCUAAUUUUCCAUUUUUAGUAUUUAGGUUUUAAUUAGUAGUCGGGUUUAGUUUCUGGUCUGUAAUGGGGUACUAAGUAGGGUUUAGUUGUUGAUAUUUAAGGGUUUAUUUAAUUUCCAUGAGCAGUAGGAUGCACUCUACAUAGAAAUAGCCACAGUGUUUCUCUGUGGUUAUGUUAGCUGCUAUGCACAGCCAAAAACAUUACGCCAACUCCACUGAAAUGUCUUCAGGGGAGAUUGGCUGGGGGUGGGGGGGGGGGGGGUUGACUUGAUUUAUGAUAGGACAGUGAGGGUGGUGACAGGAAGCGAGUGGGGACAGAGAGACGGGGUAGGGCCGGCAAAGGACCCGGGCCGGGAGUUGAACCAGGGUCAGCCGCAAUGGUGGAAGAGUGCCCUACCGUUUGCAGGGCUGAUAGUAUUCAGGCUCCAUGCCUGAUUUCAGGCUUGACAGAGUUUGCAAAAAUAAAAACAUUGAUAAUAAUUAGCCAUUAGGUUAUUCUUAUCUCAGAAAGUGUUACAGGUUUAGGGUUUAGGGUUUUCUUCUACUAUCAGGCUUGAAUAAUGGUCAUACACAGGCUAUUAAAUGUUUGAAUAAUGUGUCAGAAUAGGCCUACGUUACGUCACUAUGCAUUAUCUUGUCGUCGUCGUUAGAGCAAGGGAAAAAGUUCAGGCUCAGGAUUUUUUUUCACUAUCACCCCUGCGUUUGGCCACGGCAGGGACUGGCUAGUGGUUUUCACUGACUAAUGCCCCAUUUUCUCGGGGGUUUCUCUGUCGUUACAUGUUAAACCCAAACGAUUUUCUACCCAGGUUCUGCACCCCUCCCUCUCUGUUUGUGAUUUGUGUUAUUGCAGGUGGUAUUCCCAUCCUGGACACCUGAUGAUGACGAGAGCCAUGAUAGACGACCAGCCAGGAUGGAUCCACACAUGGGAGAUGACUGCAGAGCAGAGGAGAAGGACCCCAUACACUGGAGAUCAUCACUGAAGACCAGCCAAGAGGGACUCAUACAUUGACUUUCAUCUUCAGUGUAACACAGUUGCACAGUUGACAGAACUUGACUUAAAGGGACACUGUGCAGGAAAUGGUCAAAAAAGGGACUGACAUGACAGACAUUUAGCCCCCCCCCAAGUAGGCCUAUGUCACCAUGGGAGGACUGAAGAUGACGCCACAUGGAAUGGAUUGCAAGGACUCAAUGAAAAUGGACUGCGGUUUUUUUAUUGACAUGGAGCCUUUUUUUUUUCAAUCAUCAUACUUUAUUUGUCUUAGUAAACAAUGCUUUUGAUUUUGAAAAAAACAUGUAUUGGUCUCUCCUUUUUUCUGUGAUUUGUAUCAAAUCAUAGUGUUAUUCAUUAAGAAUUAGUGCACAAUCUGUGUCCUUGUAAGGGGAAAAUGGAUACUGUGUCAUCCUUGUAAAAUGUAGCAUACCAGUACAGUAUUUGUAAAUUAUUAAAAUUAUUGAAUUUAUUCCUUCGGCAUUAACUGUGAAUUAUCGAUAAUAGUCACCGAUUCCCUUGCUCAUUGUAAAAUGACGUCAAGAGGCAGAAAAUGUAAUUGUGUGAUUAUGCAAGGUUUUGUUUUUGUAAAUCUGUAUAACAUGGAAACCAUUCAAAUUGUUUGAUGCAUGCCUUUUCCCAGCUUUGGAAAAUGUGUUUAUUGAAUAUUAAUAAAAUGAG